AGUCACCGCGUCAAAAUUCGUUGCGGUUUGCAAACUGCAGGUCUGCUGCAGCCUACGGCUGGCACCAUCAAUUUUUGCGGUGGCGAAACUGACGCCGGCACAAAAAGUACCAGUUUCUGCCAGCAAUUCGACGUGCUUUUUCCCGACCUCACAGUCAAGGAGCACUUGUUAUACUUCGGCCAAAUGCAGGGCCGGUGGGGUGAUGAGCUGAACAAGAGCAUCCAAGAAACUCUGGAGGCCGUGAGGCUCACCGACAAGACGAACGCGUUUCCCCCGCAGCUGUCUGGCGGCAUGAAGAGGCGGCUCAGCAUAGCCAUCGCACUGGCCGCCAAACCCAAGCUGCUGAUCCUCGACGAGCCGACGACCGGGAUGGACCCCGAAACGCGACGCAGCAUUUGGGACUUGCUGAGCGCGCUUCGCAAGGACACCACCAUCUUGCUCUCGACGCACGACAUGGAAGAGGCCGAAGUGCUUGCAGACAGGAUCGUCAUGCUGAGCUCCGGAAAGCUCGUUUGCGCCGGCUCGCCAGCCUUCCUCAAGCGAUCCUGCGGUGUGGGCUACACGAUCAGCGUCAACACGGAGUCCGCCGACUUCGACCUCAAAGAGACGCUGAGCAUUGUUCGUGAGAUCGCACCAGGUGCCCUCUUGCAGGACGUAAAACAAGGCACCACGACGCUCGCAUUGCAAACCAUCGAGCACAAGGGCUUCGCAAAGAUGUUCAAGCAGCUCGAGGAAGAGUCCGACCGCCUGGGAAUUGCAAGCUUUGGCAUCAGCGUGGCCACGAUGGCGGACGCGUAUAUCAAGUGA